GCGACGAGCAGACGACAGUAGUGAAGUGAUCAGCAAGGCUGUUAACAUGAAGACGCUCGCUAACACCGUUCGGCUUCACUUCCGCCAAAGGAGGUCCUCACUUCCGGAUUGCCUAAGGAGAAGUAUGUCGCAGGCCAUAAGGCCGGAGGCCGAGUCCAGCCAAUGGCCUAUUUCACCUCCACAGCCACAGCCUAAGAAAAGGGCCUUUACUGAGCUCACCAAAGAAUGUGGCGAGGGGAGGGGAGCAAUGCUUUGCUGUCGAGAAGGUCUGCGACUCGCGCUGAACCGCUCGCUGAGCGAGCCAGGCCCGACGACCAAGCGUUGCAAGCUGGAGGUGGCCAGUCUUCCGGCAAGUCCGUGCGGAGAAUCCUCCACCCUCCAGCGGGCCCUGGUGGAACAACACGUGUCCACCCUGGACCCGGACACUCUGGCGCAACAACUCGAGCAACACCGGAGCCUGUUGUUGGUCGACUGCAGACCGUUCCUGGCGUACAACGUGAACCACAUCCGCGGCAGCAUCAACGUCAACUGCUCCGACAGGUUCAACCGCAGGCGGCUGCAGCAGGGGAAGGCCACUCUGGCGGACCUGGCCACCACGCGGGAGGGCAAGGAGAUGCUGAAGAGGAGGUUCAAGGAGGUGGUGGUGUACGAUGAUGUGGCGGAGGAGGUGGAGACGCUGCCGACGUCACACCCGCUGUAUCUCGUGUUGUCGUCGCUUGUGGAGGAUAAUAGACGGCCGGCGCUGCUUAGGGGAGGCCACAAGGAGUUCCACCGUCGCCACAAGGACCUGUGCGAAGACACUCUUCUCCCCUCAGAGCCCAGCACCCCUUGUUCCCCCGAGCCAGUUCCUGACAUCGACAGCCACCCUGCCUCUAGAGUGCUGCCUUUCCUCUAUCUCGGCAACGCCAGGGACGCCGCGGACCCUGCCACCCUGGCCGCCCUGGGCGUCUCCCGGGUGUUGAACGUGACCGCCCUCUCGUCGCCGCCCUCGCCGCCAGCCAACAUCACCUUCCACCAACUGCCUGCCAGCGACUCUGGCCACCAGAACAUCAAACAGUACUUCCAGGAGGCGUUCCACUUUAUUGAGGAGGCAAGGACGGGCGGAGAGCGAGUGCUGAUCCAUUGUCAGGCCGGCGUCUCACGGUCAGCCACCAUCGCCAUUGCCUACAUCAUGCAGCAUCGCCAGCUCACCAUGAUAGAAGCCUACAAACUGGUCAAGACGGCUAGACCCAUCAUCUCCCCCAACCUCAACUUCAUGGGUCAACUCCUGGAGUUGGAGCAAGGCCUCAGAGCGGACAACUCCCCGAGUGAAUGCAAGCCUUGUCACCAGUGCCGCUGGAGUCACCAGAGCUCCGAACCCCCCACUUCUGGUUGCAGCGUGUAGUCACGUGAUUGACGCAGAACAUACAUUACCUUACUACUGUCGCUGGUCGUGUCGUCUGCACACCGCACAGUAUUAUUACUACGGAUGGAUCAAGGAGGCGGUCACUACGCUUUACCGUGACUUUUUCAUUCACAUUGGAUGUUUUAUUUGAUUUUUAAUAGAUCGAGGAGUUUUUUUUACUUUCACUUUUUAAUUUUGCCCGUUGAUUUAGUUUCGGAAGUAUUUUAUUUUGCAGUGAGGUAAAGAUUUUAAUUUUUUCCGAGUUUCGAUGUAAAUAGUUGUGACCGAGAUUGGCGGGAAGGUCGAUUCUAGUCGUUUUUUAUUUAUUUUGGGAUAUAAAGGCUGUGUAUUGUACCAUGUUGUAUAGUUUGUACAGAGCGUAUUAGUUAGUAUGAGUACCGCGUGUUAGACUAUUGUAUAUUUAGUAUAGGUCCUAACCAGGCUUUAUUUCGCUUAGGUAGUGUAAGUUUUUCAUUUCUUAAGACACAAGGUCAUACAUGUUUUGAUUUGGAAGAGUUUUUCAUUUGUAUUUUGACUUUGGCAUCGCCAAGUUGAGGAAUGUAAUUUUAAGUUUCAGCCAAAUAUAGUUGUAAAGCACAAUGCUAGAUUUGGUACUAGUGAAAUUUGUUUAUAUUGUUAGAAAGUUUUCAGUUCACAAUUUUUGUAAUCGCUAGAUUUGAUUUCGAUUUUGCAAACUAGUGAGUACGAGUAAUAUCAAUUGUCUUCAAAUUAUGUGCCUUUAAACAAAUAUCAAACACCACAUUGUAUUGUUUUGAGUAGUUCAGCCUUGUUUGGUAUUGAAUUUCCUUUCGAUAUUUAGUGGUAUUAAAAUAAUCUUUAUUAAAC